AUCAAUUAAGCCACACACACACUGCCAUAUCCAAAUAUAUCGCAACAAUUUUUUACUCGCCGUUUUAAUUACGAAACUCGCAAAGAAGUUGAAAAUUAAAACCGCGUUUUAAUCGUUUUAACCAGAAAAUUAAGUCGUUUUUUGGCGAAGUAAUUAAUCUUAAAACCGAGAAUCCAUCCAUCCUCUCCUUUACUUCCGACUGGAAGCGCAGUGACGCCAUCACGUACUAGAAAUGACUAUAUAAAAGCAACAUUUAACCGUCAGAUCUUUAGUUGUGCAAUGUUUCCGUUGAAAGUUGUCAAUAUUUUAACACUGCUGACUCGCCUAGCGGCGGCAGGCCAAAUUAGUUUCGCUCCGUUCUACAACACCGGAGUCGGUUUCCUCCGAGAUGACUUCAGUUUCGGGUUUCCGGAGUAUUUAGUCGCAUCGGCGUCGAAUUGGGGAGGUGGUGGAAGUGGCAAAAAAGAAGGUGGAGGCAAGGAGUACCACGCCAAAAAAUACUCCGACCACGGACACAAAGGCGAUAAAGGAUACAAGUCUGACCACCACCACGACACCGGAGAACACGAAACACAUGGAAAAAAAUACAAGUCGGGGAAAUACGGCGAAAAGGGAGGCCACCACGACAAACACCAUGACGAAGCUGGACAUUACAAGAAGUUCCACGAGGGGAAAAAAUCGCACAAGGCGGCCAAAUUCGGCGAGAAAAAAGGGCACAAAAAGGGCCACAAGACCAAGGGGUACCAUAAUAAGUUCCACAGGGACGAGUACCACAAAGAACACAAGUUUUACGAUGAUUAUCACAAGAGUGGGUUCCACGACAAGUACGGGGAUCAUCACGAGCACUACGCCAAGAAGGAAGGAGCCCAUAAAAAGGGCGGAUCCGCCCAUUCGGGCCACCACGACGACAAGUUCGGGAAGAAGGGCUUCAGUGACAAAGGGCACGUUAUCGACGAACACAAGGGCUUCAAGGGGAAGAAGGGCCACAAGUCGCACCACAAACAUUACAACGAUUACGCAAAGAAAAAGGCCUCAGAGUCAGGCAAACACUUCGGAUACUCCCAGAAACACUAGUUUUUGCUCUUCACAAAGCUGUUGCAAUUUUAUGCAUCGCUACCUUCCACCAAUUCGGCUUAAAUCAGUGAAAGCGAGCUUGCGGUUUCGACUCAACAUGCAAACAUAGUUGAAUUUUUUACGGACAUGCCAUAUUUUGUUAUACACCGGCCAGUUUCACCACAAUUGUGAACAAUUCGAUUCCGUGCCGUGAAACUGGUCCUUUUCACUGUUUUUACUUUGUUUAAAUAAAACCUCAGCAUUUGAAAA